AUGGGCUUUGUGAAAACGGGCGGUCGAUUCGUCAAGCUCCACACGAGCUCAACGUCCUCCAGGGACACCUUCUCGCAGACCCUGCAUGCCGCGCCCGCAAACAUGUCUUUCUCGGUGGUCGACCUCACCGAAAAGACUCCUUCGUACGAAGCUCUCCAGUACGCGACCUCAAUCCCCUGGAGGAAAGGGGGAGAAUUGGCGUGGCAGAAGACAUCUCUGUUUCCUGCGUCAUCGUUCAAUCGCGCUCUUUCUAGCCUGCGAGGAUCGAAGGGUCAGGAAGCUUUCGUCCUUACCUUCGACGACGGUGACAUUAUCGACCUUAUGGUCCCCACCAAGCACACAUAUAAGAUGCAUCGUGAUGCCACCUAUGUGAUUGCCGGUGGUCUAGGAGGUCUGGGUAGAGCAGUCGCACGUUGGCUCGUCAGUCGUGGCGCGCAUCAUCUAAUAUUGAUUUCUCGAUCGGGCCCACGAACACCCGACGCCCUGCAACUCUUGGAAGAACUCAGAGAGCAGCGGGUGUACGUUGAAACACCAUGUUGUGACGUGUCUGAUGAGGCUGCAUUGAAGUCGGUGCUGUCACAUUAUUCCGAAAGAAUGCCACCAAUCGAGGGAUGCAUACAAACAUCUAUGGUAAUGACGGAGAUUCUUUUCGAGGAAAUGGACUUUCCCGAUUGGAAAGCCACCAUCGACCCCAAGGUGAAAGGAUCGUGGAACCUCCACGCUCUCCUUCCAAAGGGCCUGGACUUCUUUAUCCUUGUAUCGUCGCUCAUGGGCAUCUUGGGAACAGGGCUACUUUCCGGAUACAAUGCUGGCAAUACGUAUCAAGAUGCGUUAGCAAGACUUCGAGUAGCCCAAGGUGAGCGUGCCGUGUCAAUCGACUUAGGCGGCGUUGUAGACGGCGGCUUCGUUGCUGAAAAUACACGUCACAGGGACAUAUUUCAGCGCAACCGAAACUUAGCACCGCUGAAGUUGGAAGAGAUAUGCGCAGUACUGGACAUAUACUGUGAUCCGAACAGCUCUCUUUCACGGAACACAAGUUCCUGCCAGACCAUCAUUGGCAUUAGUCAGCCUAGACAUUGGAAGCAGGGUGACGCAGAGCCAUACACGAUGAGACAGCCAUUCUGGGGCCACAUACAUCAUGUUCCCCACUCAUCGAGUGACAGUCGAGGAGCAGCGGCUGGGGACGACUUCGAUGUUGUCCAAAGGAAGCGGGGGGUCGAUUUGGCUGAGAGAAUUGCCUCGGCAGGGUCGCCCACCAAGAAAGCCGACGUUGUACGUGAGGCACUCGCACACCGCAUCGAGGUCUUGCUUGGAACCCCUGAGGAUCGCCUUGAUCUACAAAAGCCAUUGAACACCUAUGGCAUCGACUCUCUCUCGGCCAUUGACCUACGCAACUGGAUCAGCAAGGCCUUCGACGUGGACUUGCCUGUGUUCGAGAUCCUGGGCGGAGCAACUUUGGCAAGCGCGGGCAUGACCAUUGCUGAAAAGCUGUCCCUCAAGCAGUGA